AUGGCUUACAACCUUGAAUCCCUUGUCCAAAUCCUAGACCACAUUCUGCACUCCCAUCCUCACCAUCCUUGGACUCUUGAUCCUAACAAGAGACCACAAAUCGAAACCCUCUUACACAAGUCACUUUUCUUGAAAGAUUUUUCCGCUACUUCUUUUUCAGCAGUAGCUGGUAGUUAUGGAAAACAAAGUUUGGAGAGUCGAAUCAGAGAUGCAUCACAUGAUGCAGAAGACAUUCUUGAGUCCCACCUCGUGGAGCAAAUUCUUUCAUGUCAAGGAGACGAGAGCUUCGUUUUCUCUCCUCCGGAUUUGGAUCGAGUAAUUAGAGAACUUGAUUCUGCAAAGGAAGAGAUGAUGAUGAUGAUGACCAUGAGCAGCAGUCCGCCAGCGGAUAGUUCCUCACCAGCUCUCUCAUCAAGCCAAGAUCCCAAUCCAAAGGACAUCAUUGUGGGAGUUGGUGAAGACUUGAUUCAGUUGAUGGAUCGGCUCGUUGGGCAACCAUCUAAAGCACUCCAGGUCAUCCCAAUUGUGGGCAUGGGAGGUAUUGGUAAGACUACUUUAGCCCGACAUCUUUAUGAUGAUCCAUCUGUUAUUUCCCACUUUGACACUCAUGCAUGGGCUACAAUAUCACAAGACUAUAACCGGGGAAAAGUGCAAGAUGUUCUUACAAGCCUUCUUGGUUGUGUGAUUGGAAAACCCAAUGCUGAAAUGCUUGAGAGAGCAGGUGCUGACUUAGGUUUGCAUCUGUAUCAAGCCUUGAUAGGUCGGAGAUAUCUGAUCGUUUUAGAUGAUAUGUGGGAUAUCAAGCCUUGGGAUGAUAUAAGAAGGUUCUUUCCAAAUAAAGAAAAUGGAAGUCGGAUCAUUGUCACUACUAGGGAAUCAAGUGUAGCUGAUUACACUGCCUCAGGGAGCUCGCAUCACCAAGUGAAUCUCUUGAAAGAUGAUGAAAGUUGGAAUCUUCUUCGCCAAAAGGUGUUUGCACCACAAGAAACAUGCUCCCCGGAAUUGGAAAAGAUCGGGAGAAGAAUUGCCAAAGGUUGCAGAGGGCUCCCUCUUGCAAUCCAUGUGAUUUGUGGAAUUUUGUCUCAAGCAAAGAGAAGCCAGGAUUUAUGGGAGCAAGUUUCAGAUAAUGUUAGCUCAACCAUAGCUGACAAGGGUGAACAAUUCACCAAUAUAUUAUCUUUGAGUUACAAUCAUUUGCCUGACCAUCUCAAGUCGUGUUUCCUUUACAUGGGCGCUUUUCCAGAGGAUUAUGCGAUUCGUUCCUCCACACUCAUCAAUUUAUUGGUAGCAGAGGGACUCGUGCGACCAAUUUCAGAUAAAAGCUUGGAAGAGGCUGCGGAGAUGUAUCUAAAGGCUCUGGUGGAUAGAAAUCUCAUCUUUGUCUACAGAAAAGGGACUAAUGGGAAUGUGAAAAGCUACAGCAUACAUGAUCUCUUGAGGGAUCUAUGUGUGAGGAAAGUUCACGAAGAGAAGUUUCUUUUCGUUGAUGGAUGGGCACCCGAUGAUCUCGCAAGAAACACAGCAUGUUUGCGUCGUGUGUCCUCUCGUGGACGUUUCAGCACUAAAUAUAUAUCAAGGGAACAAAUUAGGCUUGCCCGUUCUUUUCUCUUGUUUGGUUACAUGGGACAGAGCCUAGCAUCUGCUGGGGUUUAUGAAUUGAGAUUGUUGAGGGUAUUGGAUAUAUUGCGGAUAAUGUUCAAGGAGUUCCCUGAGGAAGUACUACAACUAAUCAACUUAAGGUACCUUGCUCUAACCAUAGGCAGAUGUUUACCUUCUUCAAUAUCUAGACUCCGCAAUUUACAAACCAUACUUGUUGUACGUGGUGGAUCACUCCGUAUCGUGGGAGCAAUUAUGGUAAUGCCUGGAAUAUUAGAUAUGUCACAGCUAAGACACAUAAGGCUCAAGGGACAAAGGACUUAUAUCAAGUAUCAUGGUGAAGACAGGAACCUCUUUGUUGUCCUAGAUAAGCUUCAAACUCUGUCUCCUAUAGCAGUCUCUGAUUUCACUGAUAGGCACAUUGAAACACUCCCACACUUGGAGAAAUUAGGAAUCUUUUGGGAUGAAGAAGUUGAUCAUGUAAGAGAUGUAUCCCAUCUUCAUAAACUCCACACACUCAAAUGUAGAUCCUCUAAGUACAACAGAUACAACAUCUUGUCUAACAUCAUACUCCCGCCUUCCAUCAAGAAGUUGACUCUGAAAGGUUGUCGUAUUCGGGAUCAUGAACUGAAUGAAAUCGGUAAGUUGCCGAAUCUGGAAAUCCUCAAACUCCAAUAUUGUUACUUCGAAAGCGGAAACUGGGAGGGCGAAGAUGGUGAGUUUUGCCGGCUGCAGUUUUUGUUAAUGAAGGGGUUGAAACUGGUAAACUGGACAGCCGACGACACCCAUUUCCCAAGACUUGAGGAGUUGGUUAUCCAGUAUUGCUUUGAGCUCAAGGAAAUCCCUCUUGCUAUAGGAGAUAUUCCAACACUCAAAGUAAUGGAGGUGCUGCGAUGCGGGGAUUCAGCAAAGGCUUCUGCCAGAGAAAUAAUGGAAGCACAAGUUGACAAUGGGAAUGAUGAACUUCAAGUUCGUAUCUUGGAAUAA